CGUAAAGGAUCAUUUCUGUUUUGUUGUGAAUAGAUUACAUUUCCAGUUGACUGAUUGCUGUUGCUAUAAGACGAACGUAAACUAGUUGCUCUCCAAAUAAAGAGUUUCUUUCAAUGAAAUAUCGUUCUUAUUUAUUAAAAAAUGUUCGAAUUUAACAUAUAUACGUGGUUAAUUAUAAUAUUCACUUUGGUUAUAGUUGGUAUUACCGGUUUUUUACGGUACAUCGGAAGAAAUGAUGAUUACUGGAAGAUAAGGGGAGUAAAAUAUCAUCCUCGUCAAAGUUUAUUUAAGAUCCUUAAAGUACUUUCUACAUCGACUUUUCCUGAACUAGUAAAAACAGGUUACCAUGAAUAUGGACGAGUUUACGGGAGUUUUUCGUUUUCGCAGCCGGCCAUUACGAUUUCAGAUCCAAAACUUUUGAGAGAUAUAUUUGUGAAGGAUUUCAAUUAUUUCAGCCACAGGCAGGAUCAGGCAUUUAGCGAUAAAAUUCUGGACACCAUGAUCUCCGUUUUAAAUGGAGAAGAUUGGAAAAGAAUUAGAACCAUCAUAUCUCCUGCAUUUACUUCAAAACAAAUGAGAAAGAUGGAGAAUAUCAUCAAUGGCUGUUCCAAAACUGUUCUGAAGACAUUUGAAAAACAUUACAAAAAUGGAGAACCGGUUGAUUGCAAGGCGAUAUUUGGAGCAUUUGUGACAGAUGCCAUAGCACUUUCAGCUUUCGCAACAAAAGUAGACUCUCUUAACAAUCCUGACCAUAUUUUCGUCAAAAUGAUUAAAGAAUGCAAUCAGGCAUUCGAUAUAAAGCGGGUUAUUUUCUUGAGUCUCAUUCCUCGGCGACUGCAGGCAUAUUUCAGGUUAGGAGCACUGAAACCAAUGGAUUUCUUUAAGAAAGUUGUUGUUGAAACCAUCAAAGAAAGGAGAGAAAAAGGAGUGGUAACAAGCUUUUAAAAACUGUAGUUCGUUAAUACUUUUGUUUUUGUGUCAAAAACUUCAUCGAUCAAGAAUCAACUUGAGUUUAAACUUUACUAGAUAAAUAGCUGUAGUGGCAAAUAACAUUUGCAAAGAGCUAAAAUGACGGUAAAAAGAGAAAGAGAGGUAACCGAACUAUUUUUAUGAAGAUUAACUAGACCAUAGGGUUAAUAAUUAUUUCCCUCAUUUUAUUUAUCACUACCUAAUUUGGAACAAAAAUCAUGCACGCAUACUCAAAACUAAAUGGGAUUAAUGGGUAAAAAUUUAAGAGAAAGUUAAACCAAUUGUGCCAUGCGGAACAUACCCAUAAUGCAGAGAUGUCAACUGCUCCGGACACGCCAAAAUAAUGAAAUAAACGGUAAAUAACUACAAAGUAAAUUCUGAAAAUGUUUGACUAUUUUUGCUUACGUUUUAAAGGGCAUAACCUGACGUAAGUAUUAGAAAAUGGUGAAUUAUAUAAGCAUACGAAUUAUUUAUAAAUAG